AUGGUUGGAGACGAAGAGAAGGCUGUCGUUGAAAAACCUCUCGAACAACAGACUUCCAAGAAUGCUGCUCCAUGGGAGAAUUCCAAUCACCCGCUAUUUCUCCACCAUUCAGACCAGCCAGGCGCCAUGCUCGUUGCGCAGGCCUUGGUGGAAGAUAACUAUACUACAUGGGAACAAUCGAUGCUUAUGGCACUAACCAUCAAGAAUAAGAAGGGUUUCGUCGAUGGAACUCUGGCGAAACCAACUCAUAAUCCUUCCGAGCAACUUCAGUGGGAGAGAUGCAAUACUCUGGUGAAAACGUGGCUGCUAGGAGCCAUGUCGAAAGACAUAUCCAACAGUGUGAUACACUAUAAAGAUGCACGAAGCAUGUGGCUGGAAUUGAAUGAGAGGUUCUCCCAGGUGAACACAGUUGCACUAUUUCAAAUUGAGAGUGCUAUUCAUGGUUGUGAACAAGGAGGUACAUCUGUUACUUCAUUCUUCACCAAACUGAAGGCAUUAUGGGAUGAGAAGGACUCUCUCUGCUCUUUUCCUUCUUGCAGUUGUGAUGCUGCUCUAGAGGUCAAGUCCUUCAUGGAAACUUAG